UCAAUAUAGAGCUAGUCAGCCCUCGCUCUGUCUAUGAGACAGCCGGUGACUGUUCUCGGUUUCCAGCCCUUAACCACAUGCGUGUCAAACUCUUGAAAUGCGCCUUCACAGCAAAGCAUUCCAUCUGGUGUGCACGGGUAUUCAUUAAUGACUGAAGCCUGGAAAAUAUUAAUGAACUUAACAGUAAAACAGAUUUUACAUUUGGACUAACCAGACAGUACGCCUGUACCAGAGACAACUACAAGAUUCAGAAGAUAGACAAGAACAGACAAGAACAGGACUACAAUGAACAUUCAGUCUGCUAUCAACAAAGAGGUCUUCAUCCCUAGUGAUGAGCGGAUGUUGGUUGCAGUGGAGGUGCGGAGGAGGAAAAGGAAGAGGUUGUCCUUCCUGCCUACUGGAGCCAAAGGCGACUACACCACAUUCAUCUGUGUUUCAGUGACAAACUCAAGGCCACAUCAGCUCCUCAUUACAAAGGUGAAGCGGUUUGGUGGCUCCUCUUCCUUUACGAGAAGGUCCCAGUGGACAGUGGAGCAGCUCCGACAGGUCAACGGCAUCAACCCCAACAAGGACAGCCCAGAGUUCAACCUGGUGUUUGACAAUGCUGUGGACCUAUGGUUGGCCAGCUCAUCAGCAGAAAAGUGUAUCUUUGUUCAAAUCCUGUACCAUGCCUGCCAGACCUACUGGGAGGGUAAAGCAGGUAGUCUUAGCAAAGUGAGCCACUGGCGGAGAGCGAGUCAGUGGGCUCACCCUGAGGUCAAAGCUAGUCCCAGCAACUGCUCGCCAGGCUCUGCAACCAGAGCCCUGCAGGCCCAACAGAAGAGCUACAUUCCUGCCAGACAGACAGAGUUCAUCAACUGCCAAUCCAAACUCACAGGAAAUGCCUGCACCAUGAAUCUGAUCAUCUACCGCUGCAAAGCCUUCUUGAAUCGCAUAAAGAAUAUAAUGGUUGCAAAGCAAAGGCGAUCACAAGUUCAAGGUCUGCGAGGGCAGCGUGCCAAAGGGAGCACUGUGGGUAAUGUUGUCCAAAGGGUGAAUGUGGUUCUUGGGGAGCGUGGAGACAGACUGACUUAUGCUGAGGACAAGACGGUGAAGCUGAUGCACAAAACCCAGCAGUUUGCUGACACCGCUCACAAGCUGGCCCUGAAGUUUUCAAAGUAGAGUCCUUUGGAGGAUGAAUGGAAUUGUUCAGGCUGUCAAACCUAAAUCCUGUAACAUGGACACUAACACUGUCUGAUGCAGUUGCGCCCAGCAGAUACAGCUUACUCCUCAUGAAUGUAUAUAACUGAGUGCAACACAGAACUAAUAAAUACUCUGUCUUUGUAUUUUUGCUCUUACUGUUGGGGACAACUCUUUCCCACAGUCUCAGAAUCAUCUGCAUCGUGUUUUAUGUAAAUGUUUUGCCUGAAUCUCCUGUCCAUUAUCAGAAAAAGAAAGCUGGACUUGUGGGGUUAAGCUGCAAUUAUUUAACAUUGUAUUUAUUUGUAUACUUUGUUUUAAACACCCCUGACAUGUAUUUUGAAGCCAGUGCACACCAAUCUGUCUCAUUGAAUUGUUUUUAUCCAUAACAUUACAUUGUUUGAAAGUGUGAAUAGUAUAUUUUCUGUAAUGUAUUUGUACAUGGCUUGGAUUUAAAUAGAUUUCAUUGUACUUCAUUUUAAAUGUGUGUGUUUCUGUGUUUCUAUGUGUUUGUGUGUCUGUGUGUCUCAAUGUCUGUGCAGAAUACAGUGCCAUGCCAUAUUGUCAAAAUUGUGUUUUAUCUAUGUUUGUAUGCAUGUGUCCUGACCACUUUGCACUGCUUUACUGUGUAAUCAUCUUUUUUUUAACUGUCUGUUAGAGAUCUUGUCAUGAGAGAGGUGAGU